GUUUUUGUCCAGGCGUAUCAACGGUAGAAAUCUAGUUACUUAAAUAUGAGUUAUGCCAAAUCAUUUAUCUAUAAACUAACGUGACGGCUCAGUAUAAAUUCGAACCGAAUUUAAAAAGUGUUUAGUCAUUUAAUAAACGGUGAUCGGUGAACACUCCGAAUUGAACCAAGAUGACCGCCCAGUGGGAAGCAAAAAAUAAAAACUGUUUAAUCACUGGUGCCGCUUCAGGCCUAGGAGCAGCAUAUGCAGAAGCUUUAUUGAAAGAAGGUGCAAAGAAAGUUGCAGUAGUUGAUAUCGAUGAAAAUACUGGACAAAACUUCGUCGCUAAACUAAAUGAAACGUAUAAAAAUGCAGCUAUAUUUGUCAAAUGCGAUGUCAGUAAAGAAUCGGAAAUAGAAAAUUGCUUUAAGACUGUAGUAAAGGAAUUUGGAAGAGUGGACGUUUUGAUAAACAACGCAGGUAUUAUGAGCGACUUGGAAACGACGUGGAGAUUAGCAACUGAUAUCAACUACCAAGGACUAGUGUCAUUCACAUUGAAAGCGGUGAAGCAUAUGAGGAAGGACGAAGGGGGCGCCGGUGGGGUAAUAGUUAACAUUUCAUCUACCGCGGGAUUGAGUAAAGUAAACACAUUCCCGAUUUACUGCGGAAGUAAAGCAGCAGUCCGGUACUUCACUCAGAGUUUAGCAAUGCCACCGUUCUUUGAGGAUACGGGCAUAAGAGUGAUGGCUUUAUGCCCGGGAGCCACCGCUACCAAAUUGGUUGAAAACCUCGACAAAAAAGUCGUUGAUAUGAAAAAUAGUAAAAUGAUGGAAGAAUUAUUCGGCAACGUUCACAUUCAAAGUGUGGAAUCCACGGUAGCUGUGAUGCUUAAGAUGCUAAAGGACGGCAACAACGGAUCAAUAUGGCUCUCCAACAAAGACCAACCACCUUACGAACUGACAUCGCACAUUGACAAAUUCUUUACUGAUGUGGAAGAACUCGUGAGUCCGUGAGUUUAUGAAACCAAAUAUCAGUUUAAAACAUAUUGUUAUCCCUGUUUUAUCAAAGAUGACGGGGAAGAGUCAGGGAUGAUGAUAUGUUUUAUACAGUCAUUUUGGUCUCAGAAACCAGUAAGUAACUUUUAUUACAAAACCUUAAUAGUAGGGGAGCCCACGAGGCUAAAUGGGGAUUUACUCGAGCAUCGUAGAGACCUAUUGGGAUGCAAAGCUUAGAUGAUAAGAAGAAAAAAAUGUUAUAUGAUAUAUACCUUUACAUCAGUGGGGGAAGCGGCUAUAGAUUUUUAAAAAUGUAAAAAAAAAAAUUUUUAUCGAGCGCGUCAGAUUUUCUAAGGGAGUGUUAAGUGCACCAAAAAAAGCUCUUAUUCACUAAUCUGACGAUUUCGAUGGGACGCAAACUCGCGGUCAUUUUUAUAAUGUGCAAAAAAAUUCGCCAUUUUGAAAUACUCAAGCGCGUCAGAUUAAGAUAUAUAUGGUUUAUCUUGAUGUUCUAAACGUACUGUCUCAUAAUCUGACGAUUAUGUAGAGGGAUUCGCCUGAUUUGACAAAAAAAAAUAGAAAAACGGUUCGGCCUUAUACAUGGGCCCCAUGUUUUGUGGAGGUACUUAACCGGGUACAAGGUAUCCCCCUGUAUAUUAAUCUGCCGUGCUUUAGGAAAUCCCGAAAUCCCCGCUUGGGCUCCCCUACUAUAAGAAUUAUUAUUAUUGAAGAAUGCUUAUAUGCAAAAAAAAAUCAUCGCUACAAAUAAAAACUACAGUCAAUGUUGCGGAAAUAGAAUAGAAUUCAAAUCUUUUUUAUCUAAUAAAAUAUUUUAUACUGAA